CGUAACUGUAAUGAAAAUUACGGUCUGCACCGUGUUUGGAGGUGAAAUAUUAUAAAAGUUUGGUUAUAUAUCAUCAAAAAUAAUAAUUUCAUUGAUGGAAACUAGAAAAAUAUUAAAAUGUCGAAACAAAGAAAGCAUCUUCAAGUUUUUGCUAUAAAUGUGAUGAAAAUGAGUCCCAAAUAAGAUGAGUUAUCAAAUUUUUCCUUACAUUCUUAAGCACCAUGGCUCAUUAAAGUAUUUAAAAUGUGUUUUCACACCAAUCAGACAAAAAGGAUUUAAAGCAAAAAAGCCUGCAGCCACAAUACUAGCUGCAUCUUCUAAUGCUACUGCUCCAUUAAUUAAAGAAAAUAGCUUCAAAGAUGAAGCAGAUAAAACAAAAAACAUUAUUGGCCUGAAGAAAAAUGCAAGUCCUGAGACAUCUGAUGAAGAUGCUGAAAUACAUUUCCCAAAAGUAACUAAAGAUACUCGAAAGAAUGAGCAAUUUUUUCCCUCAGAACAAAAUUUUUUGAAACCAGUAACUGAACCAGAAAUUUCUACAGUUCUGCAAAAACAUAUUAGAGAUAACAGUAAUAAGCAUGAAAAAGAAAAUGAUACCCCUGUAAAACUUAUAGAUGCUGUUAAACCAUCAGAUCUAGAGUGGCACAAACAAGUGUUUGAUCUACGUCUUAUUCCAAAGUAUUACAAAGGGCUUUCAAAGUAUCGACUUUCUGGCUUGGUUGUGAUUACCACUUUAGCUGGCUAUGGAAUGGCUCCAGGACCUUUAGACCCUGCUACUCUCCUCUUUAUGACUAUGGGGACUGCCCUUACAUCAGCUGCUGCUAAUGCAAUCAAUCAAAUAUUGGAAGUACCAUAUGAUUCUCAAAUGACACGCACCAAAAACAGAGUACUUAUUAAAGGUUUAGUUACGCCCAUCCAUGCAUUUACAUUUGCUCUUUCCUGUGCAAGCAUUGGUUUGACAACACUUUACUUUGGUACAACUCCAUUAACUGCUAUCUUAGGAGCUACAAAUCUUAUUUUGUAUACUAGUAUUUAUACUCCUCUAAAAAGAUGUAGCAUAUUAAAUACAUGGGUAGGCUCUGUUGUGGGAGCAAUACCACCCCUUAUGGGAUGGGCUGCAUGUACAGGCACCUUGAAUUCAGGAGCAUUUUUGAUUGGAGCCAUCCUCUAUGCUUGGCAGUUUCCACAUUUCAAUGCCUUAUCAUGGAAUUUACGUCCUGAUUACUCUAGAGCUGGGUAUCGCAUGACAUCUGUCAUUGAUCCUGCACUUUGUCGAAGGACAGCUCUAAGGCACAGUGUUCUGAUGCUAGUCUUAUGUUCAGCAGCUCCACUAGUAGAACUUACAACUUGGACUUUUGCUUUUGAUUCUUUGCCUCUUAAUUGUUAUUUAAUUUAUUGUGCUUGGCAAUUUUACAAAAAAGGUGAUAGUCAAAGUUCUCGUAAAUUAUUUCGUCUUAGCUUAAUUCAUCUUCCUACAUUAAUGUUUUUAAUGUUUAUCGGCAAAAAAUAUUCUUCUAAAAGUGAAAAAGAUGAAGUUAAAAAUUUAUGACAGAUUUUACGAUUUUAGUUGAGUUACAAAUAUGUAAAUAAUGCAAAUAUGUAAAUUAUAUUAGUUAAUUAUAUUUAUAUUUAAAUAUUGUUGUUAGAAUCAGUCUAAUUAAAUAUAAAACCAAUUUUAUGAAACUUGAUCCGCCAUGAAAGUGAUGACGCGUAUUAAAUCAAUAUUUAAUGCAUUGCCAUUGGACCUUUACAAAGCUUUUAAAAGCAAAACGAAAAUACAUUGAAUACCUUUUUAUGACACUAAAGCUUUAAUUUUUUAGGAAUAGCAAAUAGUUUUUAAAUUCGAAUGUCAACCAUACAUGUAUUUUUAGUGCAGGGAUUUUGGUUUAGAAUAAAAUAAAAUUCCUGUAUUUGAUCCAAUACGUUAAACAGUUAAAGUUAAUUGUUUAAUAUUUCUUUGGUCUAAUUAAAAAGAAUGGUGUUUUUAAAAAAAUAA